CGAGUCUCUCCUUAUGAGCCUCUACCGGCGGUCUUUCAUACAGUUGGCGGAGCUGGACGGCUUGUUGGCGCGUGCAGUACAUUUUCAGUCGUGUGAAAUCAACCUGAAACGACGCCGGUCGGUUCCUGCUGCUUGAAAAUGAGGAUUGAGUCCAUAGCUGCGCUUCUUGUUUGCCUCUGCCUGUGGAUACCUGCUGCUCAGUCGUACUCUUCCUCUGCUACUCCACCUGAGGAUGAGGACACAUCAGGAGAUGAUUGGGAGCUCUCUGGGUCAGGCUCAGAAGAUGAAGGUUCUGAAAUUCCCGAAGACUUAAUUCCCACUAAGGUGUCAACAGUAGCAAUCACAAAUACAACAAAAAUAGCCUGGGUCACAGAUGCUCCGGUUAAAGUUCCAGAACAGACAGUCACCCAACUGUCCUCAAAAGUCAUCCCCCUUGCUGAUGUUGAAACAGCAGGCCCCACCACCAAGGCUCCUCUGCUGCACACCACCAAAAUACCAGAGACUUCGCCGUCUCCAACCUCUGUUGAGUCACUUAUCCAUAUUAAAGAAGUAUCUGGCGAUGAAACCACAACAAUCCAUCAUGUAGACUUAGACAUUACCACCCUUCCAGAUGAGAAGCUGCCUGUGGUGCCUGUAACUACAGAACGUUCUACUAUUACUACUCCCCCUGUUGACGUUAAGGAAGAAACUACAGUGCAUGUUGUGCUGGAUAAGGAGGAAGAUGGAACUAUAGAUCCAGUUGUAGUUGCUGACCAAUCAACUGAUGCUCCUGACAUGGAGACCACACCAUUGCCUCUGACCACAAUGUCAGCUAAAGAGGUAGCUGAUCCUGAAGCUUCAGGUGAUAUUGUGAAGUCUACAACAAUUCAGGCCACUGUUGACGACGGCUUUAUUGAGAAAAACAUGAUUCCAGACGUGAACCGUGGGACUGACACACAAAUCCCGGACGAUAGUGACUUUGAUUUUGGAAAUGAGAUCAGACCUGGUUCACGAGCAAAUCUCCCUGAGUCUUCUCUGGGUGCCUCAUCUGAUGGUGGGAGUUUACUGGAGAGAACGGAGGUCCUGGCAGGUGUCAUCGCAGGUGGCUUGGUUGGCCUGGCUUUUGCCAUCAUGCUCGUGGCUCUUAUGGUCUACCGCAUGAAGAAGAAGGAUGAGGGUAGCUAUUCGCUGGAUGAACACAAACACCCUAACGGAGGCUACCAGAAGCCAGUGGCACAGGAGGAGUUCCUGGCAUAAAGACUGUUAAACACACUGUCUCAUCUCUUGUUCUAUGCUUGACUGCCACUUAAAACUUCCUCACUCACCAGAUUCCAUUUGCUUGGUGACACUUUGUUUUAAAUCCAUGCUGGAUGUGCAACGUAGAUCGGAUUUGUUUUGAAGUGCUCGAAUUGGUUGACGGAUCUUCAGGAAAGGUUCACUUUUGUUUUGUAUGGGUUUCUUUUUUGUUUUGGAUCCUCACACUGUGGACUGAGAGUAUCCUCAAGAGCCCCCACCCCCUUAUGAGUGAGAAACUGUGGGAAACUGCCUUAUUUUCUUAGGGUUUCUCUGCCAAUGUUGGGGGAAACCCCAGUAAAUGUGAACUGGCUUCUCAUUUCCAAUGUGCCUUAUUUCCUAUUACAGGGAACUGAAGUACACUGUGCAGUAGCAAGAGCAACGGCCAUGCAUCCCUCACCUACUCAACCUGUUUGUUGCCUUGGUAACCGAUUGUUGCCAUAGGGACGGAGAAAAUGGCAUGCACUUUUUUCACAUGCAAACAUCACAAUUCUGAAUUACAAUCAUGAGUCACUUUCUUUGCUUAGAACAUAAUCAAUUUUUUUGUUUGCCCUGGGCUCGCUUGCUGAAUUUUUUUUUUUUUUUUUUCUUUCCCCUCCAUGUGGUGUUCUUCCAUUGUAGAUCAGAAAUUGCAUGUGUGAAUGAAGAGUUGCCUGGUUUACCAGGGGCGUAAUCCCACUCACACCCCCCACUUUGUUGAUUUAUAUUUAGCUUAAAGAUGGCCUGUCUGUGUGACAAUGCAAAUUAGUGUUCAAAAAUUGAGUUAUGGUUGUUAAUCUGGCAUGAUGCACAUAUUACAUUAAAUUGUUCUAUUUCUAAGGAUAUUUUGAUAUUUGCUAUCCCCGGAAUUAUCUCAGAAUACACUGUAGACAAUCAUUUCUCAUAAAUGACAGAUGUACAGUCACAGUUGCUUCUCCAGCUCUUUUUAUGUACAGUAUUGGAUACCACAGGACCAAAUCUCUGGUUAAAAAGCCUUACUGAGAUAGCAGAUGGCUACUGUAUAUUAAUAGGUCAAGUGAGGCCUAUUUGUGUAAGUGUGUACAUGUUUCUUUGGUUGCUUUGUCUGUUUUAGUUAUUACUGGUAUGAAAGGACAGCUUGGCUAAAAUGAGCUUUGCCAAUAGAUUUUUGUUUUGUUUUGUUUUUUGUUUUUGUUUUUGUUUUUUUUUGGCUUUUUCUCCCCCAAAAAUGUCCGCUGUGUUUACUAGGAAAGGCCAUGAUGUGUAAUACCCAAAGACUGAUCCCCACAUACCAAGCUGAGCGCAUUAAAUAUGAUUUCCGUACAGAGGUCGUUCAAUUGGGAAAUUUGUGGAUUUUUUUUUAAGCUGUUUUUGUGUGUUGUAAAUGCUAAUCUCUCACUUCUCCUACAUUUCUUUCAUUUCAUGUUGAUACCUUUACAAAUGGAGAGAUGUUUUGACUCUUUAGGUGCCUUAAAUCGGGCCUCAAGUUAGCUCAACCAUGUGGCCGCAGAAUUUUGGAGGAGAAAGUGGCAAAGGCACGUGUAAGUAAGCCCACAUCAGAUUAAACUUGGACUAUGUGUCUUUGCGGAAUGGCCAAGCUUUGGAGCUGCCUUUUUGUUUAGCUGCUGUGCAAAAGAAAAUCAGACCUACUCACAUCGUUGUUUGUACAAAUCUCUCUAUUUAUUAUGCGCCGUUGUUUUUCUAUGUUCAAUAAAAGGUAUCCCUUUUUUCAC